UCACAUAACGGCCUCGCAUUGCACUUUCGAACGCGUCUUUCGAGAGAAAGGCGAAGAGGCCAAAUAGACAAAGAUGAAGAGGAAUUGGAAGAUUACGAUAUUUACUGGGUUUCUAGCCUUGUUCGCGGGCUUGUUAAUUACUAAAGCGAACCCUGGGAUACGCCUUCGUUUUACUGACAAAGGUCUCCAAUUAGUUGACACAGUAGCGAUCCAACUUCUGAGUAAGAAAGUCAAGACAGCAACGAUCCCUGACAUAUCUGGAGAUGCUGAUACACCGCUCGGCCAUAUCUCUUACUCGCUGUCAAGCGUGCAUUUCAACUCUUUCUCAAUUCCUUCAUCGACUUUCAAGACGGAUCCAGGAGUUGGACUUACCCUCCAGAUCUCUGGCGCACAAGUGUCGGUGAGCGGGAACUGGCACUACCGCAAAGAUCACUGGCCGCAUGUUAGUGACAGUGGGAGUUUUGACUUGGAUGCAAGCGGGAUAGCUUUGUCUGUUAGUGCAAAACUUGGUGCAGAUAGUACUGGUCAUCCGAGCAUUGCUACAUCCAGCUGUUCUAGUUCAAUAGGAGACGUGAAUAUCCAUUUUCAUGGUGGUGCAAGUUGGCUUUACAACCUUUUUGACAAAUACGUAGCAGGAAAAAUUAAAGAUACUCUACAAGAUAAACUUUGCCAGGAGGUAUCGGAUGUUAUAAAUAACAACGCCGAAAAAGAGCUUUCAACGUUACCAGUGAUAAAGCGCCUCGAUAAAUACGCUCUUAUAAACUAUUCUCUGGUUUCAAGUCCAAUCUUUAAUGAGUCUUACCUGGAUGUCUUCAUCAAAGGAGAGUUCCAAUCUGUGACAGCCCCAAAAGAGGCUCCAUUUUCGCCUGUAAGCCUCCCUGCUGAUUCAGAAUCGGCGAAGAUGGCCUACGUUUGGUUAACUGACUACGUGGUUAACACGGCUGGGCUUGUUUAUCAAGAUGCUGGGUUUCUGAACGAAACUGUCACUCCGUCAAUGCUUCCUCCAAACUUUUCGUACCCUUUAAACACGUCGACAUUUAAGUUAAUCAUACCGAAGUUAUACCUGAUGUAUCCAAACUGUCUCAUGAAGCUGGUGGUACAUUCCACUCUGCGCCCUACCAUAUCUACAACCUCCGCAGGAAUAGCCUUGUCAAUGACUGGUGAGGUGGAAACCUACGCACAAUUAAAAAAUGGUUCAUUUGGGUACACUUUCACAAUGGGACUGAACAUAUCUGCAACCGUGAAGAUUGCAGUGAGACAAACAAAUAUUACUGGUCAUGUGGAUACAGUCAAGGUGAAAGUCAAUCUGAUCAAGUCUGCCAUUGGAGAUAUAUCGAUCAACCUGAAGCUUCUUCAAUUUGCUUUGGAUGCUUUUGCAGACCAGAUCAUCGCUAAGCAACUAAACAAAAUUGGUGACGUUGGCUUUCCUUUGCCAGUAGUGGACGGAGUUCAGCUGGUAAAUGCUGAAAUAACGUCUGGAAAGGGCUUCAACUUGAUUGAAACAGAUGUGAAAUAUUCUCCCGGUAAAGGUGCUGCUACUGAUAACCGCACACAGAGAGGAAACAAGAUAGUCAUAGUUUAAUUAGUGGACGAAUCGCUUGAAAUCUGGCAGCUCACUGAGGAUUAGUCAAAUUAACGAACCAAGAUUGAAUGGGGUUUAUAUAGAUGACAUUGUGUAGACAUUUCAUAAUCAGGAUCAAAAGGAAGUAAUAGAUAGAGCCACCAUCUCGCAAAUAAUGUAGACCGAUGGGUUUUGCUUGUAGCUGGUAACAAACUUAUACUGAAUAUUCUUCUUCCUCGUGAAUAAUCAUGACUUUAGCAUCAACGAACAACAAUAAAUGUUUCUAUGAUAUUAGGGA